UGCCAAAACACCCUCGCUAGAGAAAUAAACAGUGCAUUGUUAUGUACUCGUUAUUAGGUUUAAUUUUAAUUAAAACAUAACAGUUAUAACUAUAUACUUCUGGAACAAAUUACAAAAAAUACACUCAAUCAUGGAUGACCAAGCUUGUCCUCGUUGUAAAACAACAAAAUACAGAAAUCCGUCGCUAAAGUUAAUGGUAAAUGUUUGCGGCCACGUUUUGUGUGAAAACUGUGUUGAUUUACUGUUUUUAAAAGGUUCAGGUUCUUGUCCGGAUUGCAACAUAGUAUUACGCAGAGGAAAUUUUAGGGUUCAGUUAUUCGAAGAUCCGAUGGUGGAAAAGGAAGUAGACAUAAGGAAACGCGUGUUACGAGAUUACAACAAAAAAGAGGAAGAUUUUAAUUCGUUAAGAGAAUAUAAUGAUUAUUUAGAAGAAAUUGAAAUCAUCGUAUACAAUUUAACAAAUAAUAUAGACAUAGUAGAAACUAAUAAAAGGAUAGAACAGUACAAAAAAGAAAACAAGGAAUUGAUAAUGAAAAAUAAAGCCAAACUUGGAAGAAAAGCAAUUGAAUUAGAAGAAUUAUUAGAGAAAGAGAAAGAAUAUGAAGAGCUCAGGAGACAAGAGCUGUCUCGACUAGAACAAGAAGCGAAAAGAAAGAAAAUUCGCGAGAAGGAAGCUCUUAUUGAUGAAUUAAUGUUUGCAGAGGGCAACGCUAAAGAUAUUCUGAAUACUUUUGCUCAGACUGUAGCAAAUAAAAAAGAGGAGGAAGAGGUUGUCCCUAUGGUAACUCAAUUCUCCACUGGAGUGCAAUUCACUAGAGGGUCGACAAAUCAACCUAUUCCAAUAAUAGAAGAAGGACCAAUGUAUAAAUAUGAACCAUUAGCCAUCCCGGAUAGAUGUGGACCGGAUCCGCCAAUGAUCAAAGAAAUAAUUCAAAAUGGUUUUCUGAAGCAUGUGAGGGCUGAAAACGAGACUGAGAAGGCUGGGGGUUACACGUCAACAUUACCAUGUUUGAGGGCAUUACAGGAUGCACUCUCGGGAUUGUAUCACGCCAGCUGACACCCGUCACAGAUCAUGGAAACGGUCAUUGAAGUCGAUUGAAGUGUUCUUUUUUUUGUUUGUCGAAUAAACAUUUCGUUGUU